AUGAACUUAUCUUUCUCAAUCGUUAUGCUAUGCAUGAUUAUAGUUAGAGGUGUAAAUUCGGAUAAUCGGAUGGAGUUUGGGUCAGUCAAGUUAAAGCAAAUCCGAGCAAUUUCGAGCAAGAAUUUAGACCAAAAGCCCCAAGAAAUUCGAACCCUUAAACCCAGAAAAAUUGAUUGUUUCCGACCAAAAAUCCCCCAUUUCGAGCAAAAAAUCAACUCAAAUGCGUUUCGAAAUGAUAGGUUUGAUCCUCAGUCGUAUGUUCAGUCCAAAUGCUCUCUUAAUGAGAAGGUGCCAUUGCUGGCCCAAUCAAACCCUAGCGGUGCAGAGAGACUACCGCCAGGGAUAGUUGCUUCUAAGUCAGAUCUCUAUCUCCGUAGACUAUGGGGUCUUCCUAGUGAGGAUCUGAAAACCAAGCCUAAGUAUCUAGUGACCUUCACAGUUGGCUUAGAUAUGAAAGAAAAUAUUGACAAAGCAGUUAAAAAGUUCUCAGACAACUUCACUAUUCUGCUCUUCCAUUACGAUGGUAAGACGACUGAGUGGGAUCAGUUUGAGUGGUCAAAACGUUCUAUCCAUGUCAGUGCUCGAAAACAGACGAAAUGGUGGUAUGCAAAACGAUUUCUACAUCCUGACAUUGUGGCACCAUAUGAUUACAUAUUUAUCCGGGACGAAGAUUUGGGAGUGGAUAAUUUUGAUUCUGGAAAGUUAGCACUCUUUCUGCAUCAUAUCCUCUAAUGUCUUGAGCUAUUCAGUACACAACUUUUGUCAUUUAUUUUUUGUUGAAUUUUCAGAUACGUUGAUUUGGUUAAGAAACAUGGUUUGGAAAUUUCACAGCCUGGUGUGGAUCCUAAUAGUCCGUUUACAUGGCAGAUGACAAGGAAAAGACAUGACAGUGAAGUUCACAAGUAAUAACUACUAAUGAUGUAUAAUUUAUGCCCAGUUAUCUUCCUUUGCAACAGAAGCAGGAUGAUGAGUAUAAUGUCUAUGAUAUUGAGAUGUAAUUUAUUGGACAAGUUGUUAAUAUAAUGCCGUCAUUCCCAAUUUUAUGGGUAGGCCAAAUUACAAAGGAGACUCUGCCGAAAUUUACAUUUGCAUUAUUCAAUAAUAUUGCAUUUUAAUUUCAA